AUGUCUAUGACCGUAUCCGACUGCACGCAAAUCCGGGAUGGCUUUCCGCGGCCGUUCCCGGAUACCCCUGCCAACGUCCUGCAGCAGUUCAAGUUGAACGGCAAGGUGGUGGUUGUUACAGGCGCGGCGGAUGGUAUCGGGCUUGCUGUUGCUGAGGCCAUGGCAGAGGCGGGGGCUGCAGUUGCUUUGUGGUAUAACUCAAACGAUGCUGCCGUUACGAGGGCCGAGGAGUUGGCGAGAGAUCAUGGUAUUAGGACUGUGGCUUAUAAGGUCGAUAUAUCAAAUCCGGAGGAGGUGCAGAAGGCUGUAGCAGAUGUCGUGAGGGAUUUCGAGAGGAUAGAUGUUUUUGUUGCUAAUGCCGGAAUGGCCAUCUCCAAACCAAUCCUUGAACAAACGCUGGACGAAUACAGGAAGCAAAUGUCUGUCAAUGUGGACGGAGUCGUCUCCUGCGCAAAGUACGCAGGCGAGGUAUUCCAGCGUCAAGGCUCCGGGAACCUGAUCAUCACGUCAAGUAUGAGCGCACAUAUUGUAAACGUGCCAACGGAUCAACCCGUCUACAAUGGAUCCAAGGCUUUCGUAACGCAAUUUGGUAAAUCGCUUGCCCGUGAAUGGCGCAACUUUGCGCGGGUGAACAUUGUCUCGCCAGGAUUCUUCGAUACCAAAAUGGGUGCCAGCCCACUGGCUGUUAACGAGGCAUACCGAAUGGCUGUGCUUGGAAGACAGGGUCAUGUGAAGGAGAUUAAGGGCCUGUAUCUGUACCUGGCGAGUGAUGCGUCGACCUAUAUGACUGGUAGUGAUGUGUUGAUUGAUGGUGGUUAUGUACUUCCUUAA